ACAUGUCCUACAACUGCAGCUCUGGAAAUUUCUCCUCCCACUCUCUUGGAGGUUACCAAGUUCCCAUCUAUGAUGCUUUCUACUCCAGCAAUGUAGUCCACACUCCCAGCACCUGCCAGGUGGGAUCUUCUAAUUAUAAUUACUCUCAGGAGAACUUCUAUGGGCCCACCAGCUUCCAGACACCUGGUUUUGUGGGCAGAUCUUUCCAGACAUCCUGCUAUCACCCAGGAUAUUUCAUUCUCUGCAGUCCCUGCCAGACAAAUUUCCCUGAAUCUCUGGGGUUUGGAAACAUUGGCCUUGGCUCUUUGGGCUAUGGAAACACUGGCUUCCAAUCUCUGCACUGUGGGUCCAACUCUGGAUGCCCAACUUAUUUUUCUUCUAGGAGCCACCAGCUAACUUGUAAUUAACCAGCCUUUGUAUCUCACUUUUUUGGAUCAGCUUACUGAAUAUUCCCCACUCUCUCAUGAUUAUCUCUACACAUUUUAAGAAUCUUCAACACUCAACCUGGCCAGUAUCUAUGAUUGCUGACCAUCUGUACCACCAAGACUCACCAUCAAGUCCUUCUGUUUAUGACUUACUAUGGACAAGUAUAUGAUUUAUUCUGGACAUAGUGACUUUGGCCUAUGACCUUUCCUCAAUCUGAUCUGUGAGAUUUAUCUUGAAUCUUAACUCCUAUACCAAUGCUGAGAA